AUGUCUUCUAUUGUUGACGCAGCUCGCUCGACAAUCUCGCAGAAUCUGGGUGGAGCAAUCGCCCAAGCUGCCGCGCCGCCGGGGACGAAAUUCACCUUGGACGAUGUGCCUGACCAGACCGGCAAGGUAGCGGUGGUCACAGGUGGAAGUGCUGGCAUUGGCUAUGGAGCUACCCAUACCCUCCUCACCAAAAAUAUAUCGAAGAUCUUCAUUCUGUCAAACUCGCAAGAGGUUGUUGAUAAAGCAAAGGCGGCCGUGCAAGAGGAACUCGGGGAGGAAAAGGCUUCGAGAACAUCGUGGAUCAUGUGUGAUUUGGGAGACUGGAACAAGAUCGCGGCCGCUGCAAAGGAGAUCACCAACGCUACAGACCGCCUGGAUAUUCUGAUCAACAAUGCCGGACGCGGCAUCAUGACAUACGAGUUGAAUGAUUACGGGGUGGAAAGACACAUGGCAGUCAACACGUUCGGCCAUGCGAUAUUGACAUCACACCUCCUCGACUUGCUCAAGUCAACGGCAAACAGUGGCAACGUUGUGAGAAUCACAAAUCAAUCUUCCAACCUUCACGAACAAUCGCCUAGCGAUACAAAAUUCGCGAGCUUGGACGAACUCAACACAGAUCUUGGCGCAGCACUGGGUCCUGCACUCCAUUAUGGCCGCUCUAAAUUGGCGGUCAUCCUCUAUAGCAGAUGGCUUGCACGACACCUAAGCAAGGACUACCCAAGGAUAUUGGCGAAUGCAACACACCCUGGUGUUGUGGACACAGACAUGAGUCAAAAUGACAUUCACGAGCCAUAUCCACUCGCUGGCUACGGCAUGAGCGUCUUGGCGAAGCCUUUUAAGAAGAACCAAUUUGACGGCGCGCUCUCGACAUUGUAUGCUGCCACUGUUACGCACAAGUCUGGCGAGUACAUCUGCCCUCCAGCAGCCCCAKAGCCAGGCAGCGAGCUCUCACGAAACGACGAGCUGGGAGAGCAAUUGAUGAGGUUGACCAGUGAGGUUGUAGCCGCGAAGACGAACAGUCAACCUUUGAGUUAUUACUAG